UUAGCACCAGGUCCGAUUGGCCGGAUGUUGUUUCGCGUCGGACUCCUUUAGCCGUUGCAACCCGCCGUGUCGAGUGCGCCGCCGACAUGGCGUCAGGCUACAUACUGAGUCGUGGCGCGCUGACAUUCGGGAGUCACUGCCAGCGCGUCUGCAGAAACGUGUCACUGUCACAGGUCAGAGAGAAGAAGCGAUGGAUGAAGGCGUACACGUACCUCAUGGCGAGGAAGCUAAAGCUCGAGGGACCGCCGCCCCCGAAGCCCCGCUCUCUACAGCCUCUCUGGGAUUACCAUGCUGAGGUCCAGGCUUUCAGCACCCGCCUCCACGAGAACUUCUCCCAGGAGCUCCUGAAAACGGCCUUCGUCAACCCGUGUUACGUUCAGGCGGAGCAAGAGAGGAGACGGCCGUUACUAGACGUGAACUCUGAAACCAUCGCUCUGGUUUUGAACGAUAAUGUUCAGCUGAGUGCAAAGGGAGCGUGCUUCGCCCAAAGCUUCCUGGCCGACUGGUGCCGGGCCAGUUUUCCGAGCCUGCCGAGCGAGGGGGUGGAGAGCAUCGUAGGGCACCUCACCAGUUCAGAGGUCGUGUGCUAUCUAGCAAGAAAUCUCGGCAUUGAAGAAUUAACCAUGAGCGCUGAGUUCCCUGUUCCCGAUGAUGUGCUCUAUUCUACAUUCAUGGCAGUGGUUGGAGCUCUACAGGAGAGCAGUGGAGCAGAGCGAGCAGGCUUCUUCCUCAGGGAUUUCGUGGUCACUCAGCUGAUAGGAAAGGACCUGUUUGAUAUGUGGAAAGUGGUCAACCCCAUGGGACUCCUGGUGGAGGAGCUCACUAAGAGGAAUGUCUCUCUGCCGGAGCCUCGCCUCAUCAGGUCUGCUGGAGCCAGCACUGUCCUGCCACUAUACUUUGUCGGCUUGUACAGUGAUAAGAAGCUUCUGGCUCAGGGCCCAGGCGAGACACUUGUAGCAGCCGAGGAGGAAGCAGCUCGCGUUGCCCUCCGGAAACUUUACGGCUACAAUGAGAAUCGCAGGCCGCUAGACUUUUCUCCACAGCCGCAGCAGCAUGAGCAGCCAUUAAUUCAGUCAGUCAACAGCAAUUAAUGAAGUAACAACUGUUACGCAGCUGCAGAAAAUAAUUUCAAAGGAUGCAAUGGAACAGAAAAAAAAAAGUGGCUUGAAUCUACUUAAGAGAUCAUUUAGGAUACAGUACAUCUUGUUUGAGGACUACUGACAUUCUGCGGAUUGUGAGGAAGAACCUCACCAUGUUAAACGUGAGUCCAACAGCGCACUUGAUAAAUUCUAUUGGGUAUUUAAAUGUCAGCUCCUCCAUACAAGGGAAAGAAAAAAUAAGAGAUGUCCAACAAAGUGAGUAUGGUGUAAGAUGUAGGUUUCAAAUGAAUUGGACAGUAAUCUUAACAUUUUUAAAUAAAUUGUAUCACAAAAUCAAGAGUCAAGUCCACUGGUCUCCUAUCUUGCCCUGGCUAAUUACCUUGUCGGUUCAGCAGUCCAUCACACGAAAUAGCCCUGAUAUCUGGCUGGCCUUGUAAAUAAACGGUUGCCAUUUGGUGAACUUGGUAUUCUAUUAUAUGUUGUUCAAUAAAAAGUCAAAAAUAUGUGUACGUCAUAACCGUUA